AUGGCGUACAAGUCAGGCACAUCAACAGCUAUUUUUAAUAAACACGGAUUACCUGUACGAUGGCCGCGUGUUUGGAUCAUAAUUAUUGGUUUAAUUCUAGUUUUCUUAACGUUCGCUAUCGCAGGCAUGGAAACUGGUCAUACGAUCUAUGAUGUCUUUCGGUCGACUGCUUUUGGAGGCUAUAUCGUUUUCUUUCCAUUACUCCUUUGUGCUAUUUUCGUUUUGAUUACUGCAUGUGUACCAAAAUUGGUUCUUCUUCGCCUUACAGUAGCACUUUGUUGCAUUAUGAUUUUCUUAUGUAUCGCCAUUAUUGUUUAUGAUGUAUUUGUUAUUAUUGAUCCAACUCGAUGUUUCUUCUUAAGUUGCAGUUAUGCUACUAUUACAACAGGAAGUGUAAGUGUAUCUGGCUGGCCAGUCUCGAUUACAUGGCCAGAUUACUUCACAACAAAUAUGAAUAUCAAGCGUUUGUUUCAAAGUCUUCAAUUACUUUGCGCUUCUUUAUAUAUCUUGUUCGCUGUGUUGUACAUGGUCACAUAUUACAUACAUCGACAUGCUAAACUACAACAACACGCUCCUUACAAUGUUUCUCGAAGUGUUUAUCCAUCACACGAGACUAAUCGAGUACCCGAAAGACGUACACAACCGGUAGCAUCAUCACCUCGACCAGGAACUCGAACAAUUUCAAGAAUGUCUAACCAUGUGUCUCAACCAUAUACACAUCUUGGUCAUAAUCAUAAAGUAACCGUUUAUACAAUUGAAGGUCCACCUGAACACUUGCUGAAUCGAUAUCAUGCACGAGCACCAUCGGUAUCCACGCGCAGAACAGUGACACCGACAAGAUCUAAAGGAAAAACAUUUGUACGGCCACGCGCUAGUUCAGUUGACGAAGGUCGAUUGUGUGCACGUUGCAAUCGAGAACCACGAGUAGUCUUAUCAACACAUUAUGAAAGAGAAAAUUACUUUUCACAUUUAUGUGUCAAUUGUAACAAUGAACUAUCCGACGAACAUCAAAAAGCGCCACAUCGAUUAUCAAGAAAUAGUCGCCAUUGGAUACCAUAA